AUGUCAGGAAGACCCAAAGGUCAACGUCGUCAAAUAUCGAAUGGCACAUCAGAAAAUUAUGAAGCAAAUUCUUCACCAUCCGUUAGUAAUUACAAUCCAAUUGCUAUGAUCAACAAGGAAAUUAAUGGAGAAGACUGCCGUCAGCUACUGAUGAAAGUCGACACAAUGCGUGAAAUCUUACGGUUGGAAAAGAUUUCACUUCCUGAGAUUGUUGUUGUUGGUGAUCAAUCGGUAGGAAAAUCGUCUAUACUCGAAGCUAUUAGCGGUAUUGAACUACCACGAGCUCAGAAUAUUUGCACACGAUGUCCAUUAGAAUUGCGCAUGAAAAGCGCACCACCUGAUUCAUCGGACUAUGCUACGAUUCGAUAUGAACGACAGAUCAUCGCCGUAUCAAAAAUUGACAAACAUGACAAAGGCAUCGCCGAGAAAUUGCAAGGAAUCGGGUCUGGAUCUCUCUGUCUUCCAUUGGGUUGCGUGGCUGUUCUCAAUCGAAAGCAAGAGGAAAUCGAUGCAGGAGUUUCGUUUGAAGAAAUGAGACGACGAGAGGCAGAAUUUUUUCGAACUAAUCCAGCCUUCACCGAUGUACCUCAAGAAUACUUGGGUAGUCAAGAAUUAAUCAAAAAAUUAGUUUUGAUUCAACAAGAUAGAAUUCGAUGUACGUUGCCACUCGUAAUCGAAAAGGUCAAAGAAAAAAUUCAUACAAUGCGAGAAGAACUUAAACAAAUUCCAUCAGUGAUUUUAACGGAAACUGACACUAGGAUUGCUUUCAAUGAAAUUCUUCGGAACUAUCGCAGAGCUGUUGAACAACGUGUGCAAGGUGAUUAUGAGAUCAAAUCUGAAAAAACAGGCGAGAAGUUCAAUCAGCAUGCGCGUGAAAAGUGGGAUGAUCGAAUUGCUUAUCAUCUCAAAAUGAUCGGCAAAUGCACUUCGGAAGAGAUUCAAAAGAUUCUAUCUAAGUUUACUUCAGAAAGGCAGAAACCUCAAGUGCUGCAAUCAAUCGAGGAAAAUUAUGGCGGUGGUUUACCAAACUUUCCUUCGUCGAAUAUCAUUCAACAGCUGUAUCAACCAUACCAUAAACAACUCGAGAAACCAUGCAAAAAUCUCGUUCUAUGGGUCGAAGAAUACAUGACCGCAUGUCUUGCUUACAUUUUAAAGACAGUUUUACCUGCAGAGGCCACUUACACAUUACCUUUGUCUCGUGAACUGAAUAAUAUAACCAAAGAUAUUAUACAGCACAGUAAAGAAAAGUGUAUGGAAAGCGUCCAUCAAAUGUUAGAAAUGGAAGAGAAGGUAUUUACGGUGAACCCAUACUACUUGGCGAUUUUUAAGAAAUUGAAACCAAACGAAAGUUAG